CGCAGAGCCACAAUCUUCCGAAUGACGGCGGAGGGGAGAUUCUCAUUUGUCGCUCGGCAGCCGGUAAGAGGCGAGGGGGAUAAAGGAGUGGAGUGGAACCUGUUACCAAGCGGGGACCACUUAUUAACGUUCAUUGUUGGACACGGAACCGAAUAAAUACCUGCAGAUCCUGGGCUCACAGCUCGGACAUUUUUUCGUUGCUUAAAGCCUGUAGCCAUUUUGUUUUUCUGGGGCUCAGUGCGCAUGCGUUACUUUCGUGCGACAUGGCCGAAUGGGAGGGAUUUAUUAGGGGCAUGUGAGUAGGUAGAUUCGUGUGAUUGUGUCUACAGAAAGGAGCUGGGAAGUUAUGGUUGAGUCGAGGAGAGGAAAAAACAGUGAGGGAGAUGGGUUUGGAUUGCAACCUGGGAAGGAGAGACGGUGUGUGGGACUUUUGAGGAAACAAGAAAGGAAACAUGGAAUCAUGGAAACUGGAAUUCUCUGUGCUACAUUUCUAUCCUGUACUGACAGUGAAUUACUUUUGUAGACUCCUUUUACAGGCUAUCAUAAUGGGAGAAUUUACUCAAAAACCUCAAAACAAACUUCAUGUCAAGAUUUGGUGGAGUCAUUUGAUCCGAAAGGAUCUGAAUACUCUUGGUCUUUAACUGUGGAAGGAGAGACAUUCAUCCAAUCUGUCUCCUCAAACAGAUUUCAAACAUCAAUAUGACUGUAAAAGUACUGACACACAUGCCUGAGUGACAGCAUCCCGGUGAACUGACCAAGGAAAGACUUUGACUGGUUACGCAGCCUGAAAAAGUUUGCACUAUUCAAGCAGGGAGAAACUUCAUGUGUUCUUUGUGCGGUAGAGGCUUCUGCUGAUCAUUCACCCUGGAGAAACACAAGGACAUUGGCACCAUGGAGAAACCAUGGAAAUGUGGGGAUUGUGGUAAAGGAUUCAAUUACCCAUCCCUGCUAGAAAUCCACCAACGUAGUCACGCUGGGCCUGGCACCAUUGAAAGACCGUGGAAAUGUGGGGACUGUGGUAAAGGAUUCUAUUAUCCAUCUCUAUUAGAAAUUCAUCGACGAAGUCACACGGGGGAGAGACCCUUCACUUGUUGUGUGUGUGGUAAAGGAUUUACUAAGUCAGCAUGUCUCCUGUCACAUCAGCGAACUCACACUGAGGAAAGGCCAUUCAUCUGCACUUGCUGUGGAAAAGGAUUCAGGCAGUCAUCCCACCUCACUGCACACCAGCAAGUUCACUCUGAAGAGAGGCCAUUCAGCUGCACCUAUUGUGGGAAAAAGUUCAGACUGCCAUCUGGCCUCACUGAACACCAGCGAAUCCACACUGGGGAGAGGCCAUUCACCUGUUCAGUGUGCGGGAAGAGAUUCACUUGGUCAUCCAGUCUUAGGUCACACCAGCAAGCGCACACUGAGAAGAAGCCUUUCAGCUGCACUUACUGUCGAAAGACGUUCACACGUUCCUCCAGUCUCAUUGAGCACCAGCGAAUGCACACGGGGGAGAGACCAUUUUCGUGCUCCAUUUGUGGGAAGGGGUUCACUGGAUCAUCCAGCUUCCAGAGACACCAGCGAAUUCACACUGAGGAGAGGCCAUUCAGCUGCACCUCCUGUGGAAAGAGGUUCAGGCAGUCUUCUGACCUCAGUGCACACCAACGGGUUCACACAGGGGACAGACCAUUUGGCUGUUCAGUGUGUGGGAAAAGAUUCACAAAAUCUUUCACUCUACUAAUACACCAACGCACACACACUGGGGAAAGGCCAUUCACAUGCUCUGGGUGUGGGAAGGGAUUCACUCAGCAGUCUAACCUGCAGACGCAUCAGAGAGUUCACAAUGGAGAGAAACCAUUUACAUGUUCUGCGUGUGCACGAGGCUUCAGCCAAUCAUCUGGUUUGUCAAAACAUAAAUGCAGUCACACUGGGGAGAAACCAUGGAAAUGUGGUGACUGUGGGAAAGGAUUCAUUUCUCCAUCAAAGCUGGAAAUUCAUCGCCGCAGACACACUGGUGAGAGGCCAUUCACCUGCACCGUGUGUGGGAGAGGAUUCACGCAGUCAGCCAACUUGCUGACACACCGGCAAGUUCACACUGGGGAGCGGCCAUUUACUUGCUUUGAAUGUGGGAAGGGCUUUGCCGAUUCAUCCAGCUUCCUGAGGCACCGGCAGGUUCACAGUGGGGAGAGGCCAUUCAACUGUUCCGAGUGUGGAAAGAGAUUCAUUCAGUCAUCUGAUCUGCUGAGACACCAGCGAGUCCACACUGGGGAAAGACCUUUUAAAUGUCCAGACUGUGGGAAAUGUUUUAAAAGUUCCAGGGAAUUGACAUGUCACCUACGUGUUCACACUGAGGAGAGACCUUUUAAAUGUCCAGACUGUGAGAAGUGCUUCAAAGGCUCCAGGGAACUGAUGCUCCAUCAACGCAUUCAUACCGAUGAGAGACCAUUUAGGUGCUCUCACUGUGGGACUGGGUUCAAGUGGUCAUCUCACCUGACUGAACAUCAGCGAGUUCACACUGGAGAGAGGCCAUUCACCUGUCAUGCAUGUGGGAAGGGAUUUACUCAGUCAUCCAACCUGCUGACACACCAGCGAGUUCAUAAAUAACUGCAAUGAUUGGAUUUUGCGGUUUGUAACAUCCAGAACUGAAUUAUCUUCAAUGGCGUAGUAGGAAUUGCCGAUGCUGGAGAAUCUGAGAUAACUCGGUGUAGAGCUGGAUGAGCACAGCAGGCCACGCAGCAUCAGAGGAGCAGGAAAUCUGAAGUUUUGGGUCUGGACCCUUC